AUGCACGUGGCCAGGACCCCCGGGAUCGCCUCCGGCUCCGGCGGGGUGUCCCACCCCGCCAGUUUUCAGCAGAUACCUGCGCUGCCGCCCCGCCUCGUGUUGCUGCUGCUGCUUCUCCUGUCACUGGUAAGCUGCGUCCCGGCACAGCCCGCUGCCCCUAGCCGGGCGUUGCUGUCCCCGGAUCUCGCGGGGGCUGCAGGGGUCCCCGCGGAGGAGGCCAUAGUGCUGGCGAACCGUGGGCUCCGGGUGCCCUUCGGCCGCGAGGUCUGGUUGGAUCCUCUGCACGACCUGGUGCUGCAGGUGCAGACGGGGGACCGCUGCGCGGUGACCGUGCUAGACAACGACGCGCUGGCCCAGAGGCCUGGCCGCCUGAGUCCCAAGCGCUUCCGGUGCGACUUCGGCCCGGGAGAGGUGCGUUACUCGCACCUGGGCGCGCGCAGCCCGUCGCGGGAUCGCAUUCGGCUGCAGUUGCGCUACGACGCGUCGGGAGGGGCAGCAGUGCUACCCUUGGUGCUGGAGGUGGAGGUGCUCUUCACCCAGCUGGAGGUUGUGACUCGGAACUUGCCCCUCGUCGUGGAGGGGCUGCUGGGGACCAGCAAUGCCCUGGACGCGCGGAGCCUGGAGUUCGCCUACCAGCCCGAGACCGAGGAGUGUCGCGUGGGCAUCCUGUCCGGCUUGAGCGCGCUGCCUCGCUACGGGGAACUCCUUCACUACCCGCAGGUUCCGGGUGGAGCCAGCGAGGGGGGCGCCCAGGAGCCUCUCCUGAUGGACUGCAGAGCUUUCCAGGAGCUAGGCGUGCGGUACCGCCACACGGCCCCCAGUCGGUCACCAAAUAGGGACUGGGUGCCCAUGGUGGUGGAGCUGCGCUCUCGAGGUUCGCCUGUGGGCAGGCCUGCUUUGAAGCGUGAGCACUUCCAGGUGCUGGUGAGAAUCCGAGGAGGGGCUGAGAACACCGCACCCAAGCCCAGUUUCGUGGCCAUGAUGAUGAUGGAGGUGGACCAGUUUGUACUCACCGCCCUGACCCCAGACAUGCUGGCCGCCGAGGAUGCUGAGUCGCCCCCUGACCUGUUGAUCUUCAACCUCACCUCUCCUUUCCAGCCUGGCCAGGGCUACCUAGUAAGUACUGAUGAUCGUAGCCUGCCCCUCUCCUCCUUCACUCAGCGGGACCUGCGGCUCUUGAAGAUUGCCUACCAGCCCCCAUCUGAGGACUCUGACCAGGAACGUCUCUUUGAACUGGAGUUGGAGGUAGUGGACCCGGAAGGAGCUGCCUCAGACCCUUUUGCUUUUAUGGUAGUAGUGAAGCCCAUGAACACACUGGCUCCCGUGGUCACCCGGAACACGGGUCUCAUUCUUUACGAGGGCCAGUCCCGGCCCCUUACAGGCCCUGCGGGCAUCGGACCACAAAACUUGGUCAUCAGCGACGAGAAUGACCUGGAGGCAGUGCAGCUGGAGGUGGUGGCUGGGCUCCGGCACGGUCACCUUGUCCUUCUGGGUGCCACCGAUGGCAAUGCUGCCCCUAAGACCUUUACGGUGGCUGAGCUAGCAGCCGGCCAGGUGGUCUACCAUCAUGAUGACAAAGACGGCUCACUGAGUGACAACCUUGUCCUUCGAAUGGUGGAUGGAGGACGCAGGCACCAGGUGCAGUUCCUGUUCCCCAUCACCUUAGUGCCUGUGGAUGACCAACCACCAGUCCUCAAUGCUAACACGGGGCUAACACUGGCCGAAGGUGAAACGGCGCCCAUCCUGCCGCUUGCUCUAAGUGCAACUGACAUUGACUCAGAUGACUCUCUGCUGCUUUUUGUGCUGGAGCCGCCCUCCUCAACCGUAGGGCAUCUGCUUCUCCGCCAAACUCAUCCUCCCCGUGAGGAUGAGGAGGAGGAACUGAGCAGGGGCCCUUGGAGGAGACAGGGAGCAUUCUAUGAGCAAACGGUGACAGAGUGGCAGCAGCAGGACAUAACUGAGGGGAGGCUGUUCUACAGGCACUCGGGGCCCCAUAGUCCCAGGCCAGUGAUGGACCAGUUCACAUUUCGAGUCCAGGAUAACCAUGACCCCCCUAAUCAAUCGGGACCACACAGGUUUGUGUUACGCAUUCAUCCUGUGGAUCGCCUCCCUCCAGAGCUGGGCAGUGGCUGUCCCCUUCGGAUGGUGGUGCAGGAAUCCCAGCUCACCCCGCUGAGGAGGAAGUGGCUUCGCUACACUGACCUGGACACAGAUGACCGAGAACUGCGUUACACAGUGACCCAGCCCCCCAUGGACACAGAUGAAAACCGCUCGCCAGCCCCACUGGGCACCUUGGUCCUGACUGACAACCCCUCAGUCGUCGUGGCCCAUUUUACCCAAGCCCAGAUCAACCACCAUAAAAUUGCUUACAGACCCCCGGAGCAAGAACUGGGAGUGGCUGCCCGAGUGGCCCAGUUCCAGUUCCAGGUGGAGGACCAAGCUGGGAAUGUGGCUCCGGGCACCUUCACCCUUUACUUGCAGCCAGUGGACAACCAGCCUCCUGAGAUCCUCAACACGGGUUUCACCAUUCAGGAGAAGGGACACCACAUCCUGAGUGAGACUGAGUUGAGUGUGGAUGAUGUAGACACUGACGUCACCCACAUCUCUUUCACUCUCACGCAGGCGCCCAAACAUGGCCACAUGAGGGUGUCUGGACAGGUACUGCAUGUAGGGGAGGUCUUCUACUUGGAAGACAUAAAACAGGGUCGGAUUUCCUAUGCCCAUAAUGGAGAUGAGUCUCUCACCGAUAGCUGUUCCUUGGAGGUCAGCGACAGACACCACGUGGUGCCCAUCACUCUCAGAGUGAAUGUCCGGCCAGCGGAUGAUGAGGCCCCCACACUGAGCCUUCCUGCUGGCACUCUGGGGUCAUAUCUAGAUGUUCUAGAAAAUGGAGCUACUGAAAUCACUGCCAGUGUAAUCAAGGGGACUGAUGAGGACACUGAUGAUUUGAUGUUGACUUUCGUCUUGGAAGAUCCACCCUUAUAUGGAGAAAUCCUGGUCAACGGAGUUCCAGUAGAGCAGUUUACCCAAAGGGACAUCUUAGAGGGCUCUGUCGUCUAUGCCCACACUAGUGGUGAGAUAGGCCUGUUGCCCAGAGGGGACUCAUUUAACCUGAGUCUGUCAGAUAUGUCUCAAGAAUGGGUAAUAGGUGGCAGUACUAUCCAAGGAGUUACCAUGUGGGUGACCAUCCUCCCUGUUGAUAACCAGGCUCCAGAAAUUUCUGUGGAUGAACAGUUUAUAGUUGUGGAAGGUGAUAAAAGUGUUAUAACCUCAACACAUAUAAGUGCUGAAGAUACUGAUUCACUAACUGAUGACAUCUUGUGCACCAUAGUUAUUCAGCCUACCUCCGGUUAUGUUGAAAACAUUUCUCCAGCUCCAGGCUCUGAGAAAUCAAGAGCAGGAAUUGCCGUAAGUGCCUUUACCCUGAAAGACCUCAGGCAGAGUCAUAUUAACUAUGUCCAGAGUGUCCAUAAAGGGGUCGAACCUGUGGAAGACCGAUUUAUAUUUCGUUGCUCUGAUGGCAUUAACUUUUCAGAGAGACAUUUUUUCCCCAUUGUCAUCAUUCCCACCAAUGAUGAACAGCCGGAAAUAUUUAUGAGAGAAUUUAUGGUGAUGGAAGGCAUGAGUCUGGUGAUCGAUACGCCCAUCCUCAAUGCUGCUGAUGCUGACAUCCCCCCGGAUGAUCUAACUUUCACUAUUACCCAAUUUCCUACUCACGGUCACAUCAUGAACCAGCUGAUAAAUGGCACAGUUUUGGUUGAAAGCUUCACCUUGGACCAGAUCAUAGAGAGUUCAAGCAUUAUUUAUGAGCAUGAUGACUCUGAGACUCAGGAAGACAGUUUUGUGAUUAGACUAACGGAUGGUAAGCACUCAGUGGAAAGGAUGGUCCUCAUUAUAGUUAUCCCAGUUGAUGAUGAAACCCCCAGAAUGACUAUCAAUAAUGGAUUAGAAAUAGAAAUUGGGGAAACCAAAAUUAUCAACAACAAAAUAUUAAUGGCAACUGAUUUGGACUCUGAAGACAAAUCUUUGGUUUAUAUUAUUCGUUAUGGGCCAGGACAUGGCUUAUUGCAGAGACAAAAACCUACAGGUGCCUUUGAAAAUAUCACACUGGGCAUGAAUUUCACCCAGGAUGAAGUGGACAGAAACUUAAUCCAGUAUGUCCAUUUUGGACAAGAGGGCAUUCGGGACCUAAUUAAAUUUGAUGUGACUGAUGGAAUAAAUGCCCUCAUAGAUCGCUACUUUUAUGUUUCCAUUGGGAACAUAGACAUUGUCUUCCCAGAUGUGAUAAGCAAGGGAGUAUCCUUGAAAGAAGGUGGCAAAGUCACUCUCACAACAGACCUACUAAGCACCAGUGACUUGAACAGUCCUGAUGAAAACUUAGUUUUUACCAUCACCAGGGCUCCCAUGAGAGGUCACUUAGAGUGCACAGAUCAACUUGGAGCAUCCGUCACAUCUUUCACUCAGCUCCAACUGGCUGGCAACAAAAUCUACUACAUCCACACAGCUGAAGAUGAAGUCAAGAUGGACAGCUUUGAGUUUCAAGUCACCGAUGGACGUAACCCUGUCUUUCGGACAUUCCGAAUCUCCAUUAGUGAUGUGGAUAACAAAAAGCCAGUGGUCACCAUCCAUAACCUGGUUGUCAGUGAGGGUGAAAACAAGCUGAUCACUCCCUUUGAACUCACUGCCGAAGACAGAGAUACUCCUGACAAACUUCUGAAGUUCAUUGUCACCCAGGUGCCUGUUCAUGGUCAACUCCUAUUCAACAAUACCAGACCUACCACGGUUUUUACCAAGCAAGACUUGAAUGAAAACUUAAUCAGCUACAGACAUGAUGGCACUGAGUCGAGUGAAGACAGCUUCUCCUUCACGGUGACUGAUGGUUCCCAUACAGAGUUCUAUGUUUUCCCUGAUACAAUAUUUGAAACAAGGAGACCCCAAGUGAUGAAAAUCCAGGUCUUAGCUGUUGACGAUAGUGUCCCCCAAAUUGCCAUGAACAAAGGGGCCUCCACACUUCGCACUCUGGCUACUGGUCACUUGGGGUUCAUGAUCACAAGCAAAAUAUUGAAAGCGGAGGACAGAGACAGUCUACAUUUUUCUCUCAGGUUUAUUGUGACAGAGGCCCCUCAACACGGAUAUCUCCUCAACCUGGACAGAGGCAACCACAGUGUGACUCAGUUUACACAAGCUGACAUUGAUGACAUGAAAAUAUGCUACGUUUUAAAAGAUGGGGCCAAUGCCACAAGUGAUAUGUUCCAUUUUACAGUUGAAGAUGGUGGUGGAAACAAAUUAACCAAGCAGCAUUUUCGUCUGAAUUGGGCAUGGAUCUCCUUUGAAAAGGAAUAUUACCUGAUCAAUGAGGACUCCAAAUUUCUAGAUGUUGUUCUUAAACGUAGAGGUUACUUGGGAGAGACUUCAUUUAUAAGUAUUGGCACAAGAGAUGGGACUGCAGAAAAAGACAAAGACUUCAAGGGCAAAGCACAGAAACAAGUGCAGUUCAACCCAGGCCAGAUCAGGGCCACCUGGAGAGUGCGGAUCAUGAGUGAUGGGGAGCACGAACAGUCGGAGACCUUCCAGGUGGUUCUCUCAGAGCCCGUGCUGGCUGCUCUGGAAUUCCCUGCGGUGACCACGGUGGAGAUUGUUGACCCAGGAGAUGAGUCAACUGUAUUUAUUCCCCAGUCUGAAUACUCUGUUGAAGAAGAUGUCGGUGAGCUGUUCAUUCCCGUCAGGAGAAGUGGAGACGUGAGCCAGGAGCUGAUGGUGGUCUGUUAUACACAACAAGGCACGGCAGGCGGAACUGUGCCCACAUCAGUGCUGUCCUAUUCAGAUUACAUAUCCAGGCCCGAGGACCAUACCAGUGUCAUCCGCUUUGACAAAGAUGAGCGCGAGAAAAUGUGUCGCAUCAUUGUUAUUGAUGAUUCCUUGUAUGAAGAGGAAGAAACAUUCCAUGUCCUUCUGAGCAUGCCCAUGGGUGGGAGGAUUGGAUCAGAGUUCCCAGGGGCUCAGGUUAAGAUCGUCCCUGACAAAGACGAUGAACCUGUCUUCUACUUCGGCGACGUCGAGUACCCUGUGGACGAGAGCGCCGGCUACGUGGAGGUGCGGGUGUGGAGAACAGGCACGGACCUAUCCAGGUCUUCCAGUGUCACAGUCAGAUCCCGGAAAACGGAUCCUCCCUUUGCUGACGCUGGAACGGACUAUGUGGGAAUCAGUCGGAAUUUAGAUUUUGCACCUGGAGUCAACAUGCAGACUGUUCGUGUUAUCAUCCUGGAUGACCUUGGGCAACCGGUGCUGGAGGGAAUUGAGAAAUUUGAACUGGUGCUUCGUAUGCCUAUGAAUGCUGCCCUCGGCGAGCCCAGCAAAGCCAUAGUGUCCAUAAAUGAUUCUGUCUCAGAUUUGCCUAAGAUGCAAUUCAAAGAACGAGUAUAUACUGGCAAUGAAAAUGACGGGCAGAUAGUUGCAAUGAUCCGCAGGAGCGGAGACAUUCACUACAGGUCUUCAGUGAGAUGCUACACCCGGCAGGGGUCUGCACAGGUGAUGACAGACUUUGAGGAACGUCCAAACACUGGUAGCUCCAUCAUCACAUUUCUCCCUGGUGAGACCGAAAAGCCUUGUGUCCUUGAGCUGAUGGACAACACACUCUUUGAGGAAGUAGAGGAGCUCCGCCUGGUUCUUGGCACCCCACAAAGUGACUCCCCCUUCGGGGCUGCAGUUGGGGAACAAAAUGAAACUCUGAUAAGGAUCCAAGAUGAUGCCGAUAAGACUGUUAUUAAAUUUGGAGAAACCAAAUUCAGCGUCAGUGAACCCAAAGAACCGGGACAGUCGGUGGUUGUAAAAAUUCCAGUGAUUCGCCAAGGAGAUACUUCAAAGGUUUCCAUCGUGAGAGUCCACACCAAGGAUGGCUCCGCCACUUCUGGAAAAGACUAUCACCCUGUGUCGGAAGAAAUUGAGUUUAAGGAGGGAGAAACCCAGCAUAUUGUUAACAUUGAAGUAAUCUUCGACGGGAUCAGAGAGAUGAGAGAGGCCUUCACUGUUCACCUAAAACCCGAUGAGAACAUGGUAGCAGAGACGCAGGUGACCAAAGCCAUUGUGUAUAUAGAAGAAAUGAACAGCAUGGCAGAUGUCACUUUUCCUUCUGUCCCUCAAAUUGUGUCAUUAUUGAUGUAUGAUGACACUUCCAGAGCUAGAGAUAGUGCUGGACCGAUGUCUGGCUAUCCUGUCAUCUGUAUCACAGCUUGCAACCCUAAAUAUUCAGACUAUGACAAAACAGGCUCUAUUUGUGCAAGUGAGAACAUCAACGACACCUUGACCCGGUACCGAUGGCUAAUUAGCGCACCCACUGGCCCCGAUGGGGUCACCAGCCCCAUGAGAGAAGUGGACUUUGACACCUUUUUUACAUCAUCCAAGAUGAUCACCUUGGAUUCCAUAUACUUCCAGUCCGGCUCCAGGGUGCAGUGUGCGGCCCGCGCUGUGAAUGCCAAUGGCAAUGAGGGCCUGGAGCUGAUGAGCCCUAUUGUCACCAUCGGCAGAGAAGAAGGUCUGUGUCAGCCCCGGGUGCCGGGGACAGUGGGGGCAGAGCCGUUCUCAGCCAAGCUGCGCUACACGGGCCCCGAGGACCCAGACUACACAAACCUUAUCAAGCUCACGGUCACGAUGCCACACAUAGAUGGCAUGCUCCCUGUGAUCUCCACUAAAGAGCUUUCCAACUUUGAGCUCACCCUCAGUCCUGAUGGCUCAAGAGUUGGAAACCACCAGUGCUCCAACCUUCUGGAUUACACUGAAGUGAAGACUCACCAUGGUUUCUUAACUGAUGCUACAAAAAAUCCAGAAGUAAUUGGAGAGACGCAUCCCUACCAGUACAGCUCAUCUAUCAGAGGCACCAGUACAUUACGCUUCUAUCGAAACCUGAACCUAGAGGCCUGUUUGUGGGAGUUUGUUAGCUACUAUGACAUGUCAGAACUUCUCACUGACUGUGGAGGCACCAUUGGGACCGAUGGACAGGUCUUAAAUCUAGUGCAGUCCUUUGUGACCCUUCGAGUGCCUCUGUAUGUUUCCUACGUGUUCCAUUCUCCGGUUGGGGUGGGAGGCUGGCAACAUUUUGACUUGAAGUCGGAGCUCCGUCUGACUUUUGUGUAUGACACUGCCAUCUUGUGGAAUGAUGGAAUCGGCAGCCCACCAGAAGCUGAACUCCAAGGUUCUCUCUACCCAACAAGCAUGCGCAUCGGUGAAGAGGGGCGCUUGGUGGUGAACUUCAAGACAGAGGCUCAGUUCCACGGUUUGUUCGUGCUGUCCCAUCCCGCAUCCUUCACGAGCUCAGUGAUUGUGUCAGCUGAUCAUCCAGGCCUGACCUUCUCCCUGCGCCUCGUAAGGAGUGAGCCGACCUAUAACCAGCCGGUGCAGCAAUGGAGCUUUGUGUCUGACUUUGCAGUACGUGACUAUUCGGGGACUUACACGGUGAAACUCCUGCCUUGCACCACUCCAUCGCAUCAAGAGUACCGCCUGCCAGUCACCUGCAACCCCCAAGAGCCUGUCACCUUUGACCUCGACAUACGGUUCCAACAGGUCAGCGAUCCGGUGGCAGCUGAGUUCAGCUUGAACACCCAGAUGUACCUCCUCUCCAAGAAGAGUCUCUGGUUGUCUGACGGAUCCAUGGGAUUUGGGCAAGAGAGUGAUGUUGCCUUUGCAGAAGGUGACAUCAUUUAUGGGCGUGUCAUGGUAGAUCCUGUCCAGAAUCUGGGUGACUCCUUUUACUGCAGCAUUGAGAAGGUUUUCCUGUGCACUGGAGCUGACGGCUAUGUUCCCAAAUACAGUCCCGCGAAUGCAGAAUACGGCUGCUUAGCUGACUCUCCUUCACUCUUAUAUAGAUUUAAAAUUGUGGACAAAGCUCAGCCGGAGACACAAGCCACCAGUUUUGGAAAUGUCCUGUUUAAUGCCAAGCUAGCAGCAGAUGACCCUGAAGCUAUUCUCUUAGUGAAUCAGCCUGGAUCCGAUGGCUUUAAAGUCGACUCAACGCCACUCUUUCAGGUCGCCCUGGGCCGGGAAUGGUACAUACACGCGAUCUACACAGUCAGAUCAAAAGACAAUGCCAACCGAGGCAUUGGCAAAAGAAGCACCGAGUACCAGCACCACUCCGUAGUGAGUCCGGGGAAGCCCCCCGCGAUGAGCCAGGGCCGGAAGAAGAGGGAGAUCAGGAGCCCACCCCCGCCGGCGUGGGAAAUAGGUGCUGACAACAACCGGGGAACAAACAUCCAGCACAUUGCCCUGCAGCGCACCAACAGGAAGCGGAGCCCCCAGGGGCGAGUUCCUCCUGACGGCGUCCUCCCCCGCGAGCUCAACCGGCCCAGCUCCGACGACGUCAGCCUAGUCACCGUGGUCGGAGGCCCCGCGGUGGGAUUACUCACCGUCUGCCUCGCGGCCAUCGCAGUGAUGAUGUGCAGGAACAAGAAGGGCGCCAGGAGGAAGGGCGCUCCGAAGGGCUCAGGCAGCAGCCAGCCCGUGACGCCCCCGCAGAGCCACCACGGCGACAGCUCAGAGGUUUGA